CCGCCGCCAUCUUUGUCGGGGGCAAACCCGGAGGCGCCGAGCGGGCAACGGAGAGGGGCACGGGAAGCGCAGACCCCCGGAUGGUAAUGGCGGCAGCGGAGUUAGCGGACGGCCCGGCGCUUUACCUGUGGGACGUCGGCCCGACGGUUUGAAACCGUUCCUUCGCGGAAAUCAUUUGAACGCCGUGAGCAAAUAAUCCACUUCGGUAUGAAAGCCGAUUUUUUUUUGUAAAAUUGUUCCGGACGGAGGAGGAGGGAGCUUCCUGACUUGGUGCCGUGACUGUGAUCGGUGAGGGCCUGUGGACUCCAGGUCGAGGGAUGGCGGAGCAGCCCCUGGCCAAGAUGGUGGAGAUUGCGGUGCGGGAAUUCACUUCAGAAGCUGACCCAGUGCAAAGCCCCCAAACCCUGGAGGAUGAGGACUCCAAUCCCAUGGGAAAGCGUCGGAGGGUGGAAGUGGAACCUGGGGAUAUGGAAGAGGACAAUAUUCAGACUCUCCUGUACGCUGCCAGCAAGACACUGUGCUUGCGGCUGGACGCCAUUGAGGCCCACCUCAACUCCAUGGAGGACAAGUGUAAGUGCCUGAGAGCCAAGGUGGACCUGCUGGCCGGGCAGAACUCCGGGCGGAGCGGCCCAGGAGAGAGGGCCCCCGGGGACAGACACAGGCCAGGCCUGGCAAGUUCCACAAGCCCACCGCCACCGCAGAGAGUGGUCCACGGGUCCGGGAUCCUCACAGAGGAAGAUCCCAUUCCCCAGGAGAUGGGGGUCCCGGUGCGUGCCAGCCGGGAUCUGGACCUGGGCGUGGGCGGGUCUGGUGAAGGGCAGCCGGGGGCCCUGCAGGGUCUCGGACCCGGGGUCCACAUCGUGGCCCUCUGUGCUGAUGCCAGGAGUGAGGGUGAGGAGCGGACGGACGCCACCAACCUGCUGUACCAGCUCAUGUACUGACCUGACAUCUCAGUCCCCUCCCCCUUCGCCCACCACCCUCCUAGAGUAAAUGCUGCAACCAUUCCCCCCCCCCCCCCCCCCCCCCCUCCCCCCAGCUGCCCGUCUCACCGAGAAUGUUCUGGAACAGCUAGCCAGCCUCCCCUGGGGGCCUGUCCGUGUUGCAGCCCUGUGACUGUCUGCAGGGAGCAGUCUGUAUCAGCUCCAUCUGCACUUCCCUGGCUCCGUGUCUGUCUCUCACUCUCCCUCUGGUGCUCUCUUUGUUGUGUGUGUGUGUGUGUGUGUGUGUGUGUGUCUGUCUGUCUGUCUCUGUGCAGAAAUACCUGCACAGCUCUCCCCUCACACUCAUUCCCUGGUGUUCUGUUGAGUGCACGUGUGCGCACACCCCUGCCUCUCAAACACUCUGCGUGUGGACAAAGUCAGAAGUCAUGCGACAUCCAGGUUAUAGUCCAACAGGUUUAUUUGAAUUCACAAGCUUUCAGAGCGCUGCUCCUUCAUCAGAUUAGGCCUCCCUUUCAAAGUGUGUGUGUGCGUGUGUGUGUGUGUGUGUGUGCGCGCGUGUGUGUGUUGGAGAGAGAGAUUUUGUGUGUGUGUCCCUCCCUCUCAUGCACUGCCGUUUUGUCUGUAUGUGUGUAUUGUUACAUCUCAUUGGGUUAGUCCGCUGGGUAUCAAGCCCCACUAUUCCCAGCCUUGUCACAAAAUCAGGAAUUCAGUGUACUUCGGAAUUUCUCAGCGCACCUUCCCUUUUUCGACCCAGACUGACUCGCAGGAAGCAGUUGUCUCCAUCGAGCAAAACUGACCAUUCGUUACGAAGAUAAACUGGUUUUGAGGACUGAGAAACCAUUAUGGACCGCCGAAUGUAGGACUCUGCUUGUCAAAACGACAACAAAGAAAAACCAACCGACGGACACUGAUGCUCCUGCCCACGCAGUUUUACAGCAAAAGCAUGGGCGUUGUGGACAGAGGGAGAGGACUCACUGAGAGGGUUUGCUGAGAUGGUCCUGUUACGGGUCAGCGCGUGGUGCCUCGAUCCUUCUCCUCCACUUGUUUGCGGGAGGCGCGGAGUGACCGGCCCACGUUCAGAAAAGUCUCUCCAGCCUCUCACCAUAACGUCGCAGUGGAUGGCGGGUGGGGGGAAUUAAAUAAACCGUCUGGCUUCGUCCUGGAGCUGCACCUUCCCGCUGAGCUCCUAGCCUUCCAGAGGUCCGACGGCGUACCAGCAUGAGCAUUCACGCCCCCUCCCUCCCCCUCACGGAGAUCCCUGGGAGCCAAUCAUCUCAUCGUUGACAGCCUUUUGUCAUUGGUCUGCGGAACGGAGACUGGUGACCAAUCAGCAACCUGUUGCCAGCCGGAUCUAUGUUCGGACAUGGUCACCAGGCCCCAACCCGGCCCUUCGCCCCCCCCGAACUGACGGCUGAGAGUGGCGCCUGCCGCCAGGGUGGGCUUACUGGCUUUUCUCGGUAACUGCGGUAACCCUGCGCGAUCCUCGGGUUAUUUUUAAAACCGGUUUGUUUAAGACGUUUGUUUGCGGUCAGAAACACAGAAUUAAAAAAAAGGUACGUACUUCACAGAA